UCUUUUUGCACGCGGCUCUGAAGGUCCAGCUGGGCUAUAAAAGAACCGCAGCGGAGCGUCAGAACCUCAGAAACACAUCAGCUGAUCGACCUCUGCAGACCGACAAGCUCCUGCUGAACCAUGGAUCCCUGCGAGUGCGCUAAGACUGGAAAGUGUAGCUGCGGAGGCUCCUGCUCCUGCACGAACUGCUCCUGCAAGUCCUGCAAGAAGAGCUGCUGCCCGUGCUGCCCGUCAGGCUGCAGUAAAUGCGCCUCUGGCUGCGUGUGCAAAGGGAAGACCUGCGACAAGAGCUGCUGUCAGUGAGGAGCCUGGCCUGCAGCCCUCCUCCCUACGCUGAGCCUUUCUUUGUUUUGCACGUUGCAGACUUGUAGAAAAUGUGUUUUGUACUCUUCUUGCAAUAAACAUGUCUAACGUA